AUGAGGAAGCAGGAGUUGCGCCCAGGUGGGGAGACUGGCCAGGGACACACCGCCAGCUCCCCGGCCGAGCAGGUGAAAGCCCUGGUGGACCUGCUGGCCGGGAAAGGUGGUCAGGGCUCCCAGGCCCCGCAGCCGCCCAGCAGGACGCCAGAAUGCCCACUGAAGCCCCAUGGCAAUGACUUGAGGAUACAGAGGCACCGGGAGGCCCUGCUGAACAGGACCGGGGUCAGCCCCGAGCUGGGCAGCCCCUCCCCAAGGCUGACCAGCCUCCUGCUGGUGGAGGGCCUGACGGACCUGCAGCUGAGGGAGCACGACUUCACACAGGUGGAGGCCACGCGCGGGGGCUGGUGCUCAGCCAAGACCAUCGCCCUGGACAGGCUCUUCCUGCCCCUGUCGCGUGUGUCCAUUCCCCCCCGCAUCUCCAUCACCAUCGGGGUGGCCGGAGUGGGCAAGACCACCCUGGUAAGGAACUUUGUUCACCUCUGGGCCCGGGGGCAGGUGGGCAAGGACUUCUCGCUGGUACUGCCCCUGACCUUCCGGGAUCUCAACACCCACGAGAAGCUGUCUGCAGACAGACUCCUCCGCUCCGUCUUCCCACAUGCUGGGGAGGCGGGCCUGGCAUCAGUGGCGCUGAGCAAAGUCCUCUUGGUCCUGGAUGGCCUGGACGAGUGUAAGACACCCCUGGACUUCUCCAACACUGUGGCCUGCACGGACCCUAAGAAGGAGAUCCAGGUGGACCACCUGAUCACCAACAUCAUCCGGGGCAACCUCUUCCCGGAAGUGUCUGUCUGGAUCACCUCCCGUCCCGGCGCGGCUGGCCAGAUUCCGGGGGGCCUGGUGGACCGGAUGACCGAGAUCCGGGGCUUCAGCGAGGAGGAGAUCAAGACCUGUCUGGAGCAGAUGUUCCCCGAGGACCCUAUCCUCACGGGCUGGGUCCUGAGCCAGGUGCAGGCUGACCGGACCCUGUAUCUCAUGUGCACCGUCCCGGCCUUCUGCAGGCUGGCGGGGGCAGCGCUGGGUCACCUGCACCGCAAGAGGCCGGGGCCCCCGGAUGCCGAGCUGUGGCCCCCGAGGACCCUGUGUGAGCUCUACGCGUGGUACUUCAGGAUGGCCCUUGGCGGAGAGGGGCAGGAGAAGGCCAAGGCGAGCCCCCGCAUCGAGCAGCUGGCCCAGAGCGGCCGCAAGCUGGUGGGCACGCUGGGCCGGCUGGCCUUCCACGGGCUGGUCAGGAAGAAGUACGUGUUCUACGAGCCUGACCUGAAGGUGCUGGGCGUGGACCUCACACUGCUACAGACAGCCCUGUGUGGCCGCUUCCUGCAGCGGGAGGAGACUCUGGCCUCCGCAGCCGCCUACUGCUUCACUCACCUGUCCCUGCAGGAGUUCGUGGCGGCCGCGUACUACUGCAGCGCCUCCAAGAGGGCCAUCUUCGACCUUUUCACCGAGGGCGGCGUGUCCUGGCCCCGGCUGGGCUUCCUCACACACUUCCGGAGCGCGGCCCAGCGGGCCAUGCAGGCCGAGGACGGGCGGCUCGACGUCUUCCUGCGAUUCCUCUCAGGCCUCUUGUCCCCGAGGGUCAACGCUCUGCUGGCCGGCUCCCUGCUGACCCAGGGCGAGCACCAGGGCUACCGGGCCCAGGUGGCCGAGCUCCUGCAGGGCUGUCUGCGCCCCGACGUGGCAGUCUGCGCCCGGGCCGUCAACGUCCUGCACUGCCUGCGUGAGCUGCAGCACACUGAGCUGACCCGCAGCGUGGAGGAGGCCGUGGCCAGCGGGGGCCUGGCCAGGCUGACCAGCCCCCCGCACCGCGCCGCCCUGGCCUACCUCCUGCAGGUGUCCGACAUCUGCGCCUGGGAGGCAUCCCUGCCCCUGUGCCUCAGCCCGGGCGUCCUCCAGAGCCUGCUGCCCCAGCUGCUCUACUGCCGGAACCUGAGGCUGGACACCAACCAGUUCCAGGACCCCGUGAUGGAGCUGCUGGGCAGCGUGCUGAGUGGGAAAGACUGUCGCAUUCAGAGGAUCAGCUUGGCUGAGAAUCAGAUCAGUAACAAAGGGGCCAAAGCUCUGGCCAGAUCCCUCCUCGUCAACAGAAGCCUGACCACUCUGGAUCUCCGCAGUAACUCCAUUGGACCUCAGGGGGCCAAGGCGCUGGCAGAUGCUCUGAAGAUUAAUCGCACCCUGGCCUCUCUGAGCCUCCAGAGCAACAGGAUCAGGGACGACGGUGCCAGGUCCAUGGCUGAGGCCUUGGCCACCAACCGGACCCUCUCCGUGCUGCACCUGCAGAAGAACUCCAUCGGGCCAGUGGGAACCCAGCAGAUGGCAGAUGCCCUGAAGCAAAACAGGAGUCUGAAGGAGCUCAUGUUCUCCAGUAACAGCAUUGGCGAUGGAGGCGCCAAGGCCCUGGCGGAGGCCCUGAUGGUGAACCAGGGCCUGAAGAGCCUGGACCUGCAAAGCAACUCCAUCAGCGACCCGGGAGUGGCAGCGCUGAUGGGGGCCCUCUGCACAAACCAGACGCUCCUCAGCCUCAACCUUCGAGAAAAUUCCAUCAGCCCGGAGGGAGCCCAGGAUCUGGCACGUGCUCUCCGCACCAACAGCACCCUGAAGAGCCUAGACCUGACAGCCAACCUACUCCACGACCAGGGCGCCCAGGCCGUCGCAGAGGCAGUGAGGGAAAACUGCGCCCUCACAUCCCUUCAUCUGCAGUGGAACUUCAUCCAGGCCGGCGCUGCCAAGGCCCUGGGACAAGCACUACAGCUCAACACGAGCCUGACCAGCCUCGAUUUACAGGAGAAUGCCAUCGGGGACGAAGGUGCUUCUGCGGUGGCCAGCGCGCUGAAGGUGAACACAGCCCUCACUGCUCUCUAUCUCCAGGUGGCCUCCAUUGGUGCUCUGGGGGCGCAGGCACUCGGGGAGGCCCUGGCUGUGAACAGAACCUUGGAGAUUCUAGACUUACGAGGAAACACCAUAGAGGUGGCCGGAGCCAAAGCCCUGGCGAAUGCUCUCAAGGUCAAUUCCAGUCUCCGGAGACUCAAUCUUCAAGAGAAUUCCUUGGGCAUGGAGGGGGCGAUAUGCGUUGCCACUGCACUGUCUGGAAACCACGGGCUCCGGCACAUCAAUCUCCAGGGAAACCACAUUGGAGAGUCUGGUGCCAGGAUGAUCUCGGAGGCUAUCAAGACAAACGCUCCCUUGUGCACUGUGGAAAUGUGA